GCCACGGCGUCAGCGCGGAAAGGGCCCCGGCGGCCGCCCGCUGCCGCCACGCGUGGGUGGGCCCUUUCGGUAACGAGGCCCCAGCGCAGGGGCGGCGCGGGAAGCCCGAGCUCCCCGGGAGUAGCGCCCGCUAACAGAUAACGCUGUUACCGGUAAAGAGGUAGCUUAAAGAUGGAUGCUCCCAAAGAAGCUCAGCCUACGGGAGAGUUCAAAUGUGAGCUAUGUGGCUUAACAGCUCCAUAUACGUACUAUGGGCAGAAUCCACCAAACACACGCUUUAUUGUGCUUUUGGAAGACUGCUAUGUCAUGAAGGAUCCUUUCACCCCUGACAAGGACAAAUUCCUCAUCCUUGGGUCUCAUUGCAAUUUGUGUAGCAGAUCAGUGUGCGUUGGUGCAGAAUGUAGUCUGUUCUACUCCAAAAGGUUCUGCCUCCCCUGUGUGAAUGAAAACCUAAACGCCUUUCCUUUGGAAAUACAAGAAGAUGUGAGUAAAAAGAAGGCCCAACAAAAGUCCUUCCCCCGUAAAAAAACGGAUACAAGAACAUAAAUACCGAAGGACCAGGAGAGACAGUUCUUUGGCUGGGGUUUCUCCUCUCUCCUUUUGGACACGAUCACGUUGCUCCUUUUAAAGAAGUGACCUUCAUCAGCUCACUACUACAGAACAUGGUAGCGCAUUUCCUCACAGUUGGCUUGGCUUCAGACAUCAUCACGCAGCGAAUGCAGUGCCAGCAGUAUGGCCUCAAGGUGUUGAAGAGCCAGAAAGAAAGGCAGACAAGCCUGCUGUCACCACAUAAAACACAUGUAUUAAAACAACUAAACAGUGUAUAGGAUAGGAGCCAUGUCCAAAUUUUCACAUUUGUUAUUUUAUGUUUUGUGGUGUUCUUGACACUCCUUCAGUGCUACAAGAAUCCGAGACUGGCUUAAUUCAGUAUACGUCUCAGAAGGUAUACACCAAUUGUUCACCUGACAGUGCUGUCCUGAUAAGAUUACAGUAGGCAAGGAAUUCAAAGCUUUAUUUUUAAGUCUAAAAUAAAAUUGUUAUGAGAAACUAUCAGGGAUAGCCAUAGAACUGUCUAGAUUCUUGAAGAUGAUAAUCUCAAUACUGUCACGGCAUUAAGACUUCUGAAGGUAGGUGCUCUUAGAAUAAAAAAUACUUACAAGUCA